ACAAACACACACACACACACACACACACAGCAAUGAGAUGUGGAGUGCCUCUGUAAAAAAAGUGGAUAUACAUGAAGGACAGCGCAGCAGAGACAACUGGAGUGGAGGAGGGGGAGUCACAAACAUUAGGACAAGAACAUGACGUGAAGAUGAGGUGCCCUCAGUCCCAGCUGAAGGAAGGCUGCCCUCCACCAGAGGAGUUCGAGUGUAAAAUCUGUUACCAACAUUACAAUGCCCACAACCGCAAGCCUAAGAUCCUAGACUGUCUGCACAGGGUCUGCACCCGCUGCCUCGUUAAGAUGCUGGACAUUGCUGACAGUGCAGGCUGUAUAUCCUGCCCGUUUUGCCGACACCAAACAGAAAUUAUCGAGCUGGAGGUGUCAGCGCUGCCGGAUGAUGCUAAUAUUAUGUCCCACUUGGCGAUGCGAGACAAAUCCUGGAGUUCCAACCACAACGGGGAGGUGGUCCUGACUCCCAAGAGUUUCUCUUCAUCCAGCCCUUCCCUGGAAUCCUCUAACUGCCUUGUUAUCACCAUCAUGGAGGUGCAGAGGGAUUCGGAGCGCUCGCCGAGUCGCAAUGGAAGCUCUGACAUUUAUGCUGAGCAGAGCCUGGACUCUGUAUCGAUGGGCUCCAGCGGGCCAGUUGAUCAGGACGCCCUGUCAAAAUUCUGUAAUCAUGUCCCACGCAUCCUGGUCUGGCUGCUGGGAUUCUUAUACUUUGGCUCGCUGCCUCUAGGAAUCUACUUGUUAGUGAUUCAGAGAGUGACUCUGGGUAUUGUAUGCGUAAGUUUGGUGCCAUCAAGCCUGACAGUUUGCCUCGUCUACGGAUUCUGCCAGUGUCUGUGUCAGGGUAUGUGUGACUGCUCCUCCAGGGCCUGAUGUGAUGCUGCUAAACCUGUAGUUUUGUGGAAUGAGAUAAAAUCAGCAGCAGAAAAUAGGCUUUUUUUUUUUAUCCUGGCCUGUCAUGUCGACAGAUAAGAAGCCCUAAAGUUUAAGGUCAUGACCCGCCUAUAAAAAGCCUCACUCUUAGUAACCCUUAUGCAAACCACAUGCUAAUCAAAAGACUUCAUGUAAAAAAAAAAGAAGAAAAAUCUUCACUGAUAGUCUAUGCUUUAACGCUCAUCCAUCAAACGAACUGACAGGCUGUGACGGCAGGAGCAGCAGCUGUAAGUCUCUGUGCUGUAAUUGUGUGACCCUGUGUGUUCAGUGUCGUGUGUAUGAUAAUCUCUCGAGAGUAUAAGCUCGAGGGCACAGGUGUUUGAGUUGUACAACAAUAACACUCUGAAAUAAUACUCUGAAAUCUGGACCCUCGUUUAUCAACGUUAGAUGGUGACAACAUGGCUUUGUUUUUAUUUCUAAAUUAUUUAAAUUUUAAAAACUUAUGUUGCAGGUACCACAAGGUUUUAUUCUACUGACCAUUUAAAAUAGCCUCCAUCCUACAAGAGUUGCUACUAUUGUGUUUCAUCUUAUUAUUUGUCUGGGAUGGAAGUCUGAUAAAAAAAAAAAAAAAUUAAAAAAAAUUACAGUGUAUGUUGUUUACCAGAUGUCAAAAAUAGGACUUGAAACUUAAAGUAUUUUCCAUUGAUUUUUCUAUUUAACAAAAUGUUGUGCUCGGCAAGAACAACAAUCAUUUUAAUGGUUUAAAAAAAAAUAAAAGAGAAAGAAAGAAAGAAUCUGAGGCACAGAGUAAAAAAUAAACAAACCUUGAGCCAUCGUAUUAUUUCUGCUGUCGUUUCAGCUUUAGCCAAGUUUGUAAAAAAGUUUUCAGCUUCAUAACCAAAACAAAAGUCAAAGUCAAAGAGCCCGCUAAUUAAAUGCACUUUUUUUUUCCCACCAACUGACGAAAUAUUUAAACCAAAAACACAACAAUGUCAUUAACUUUGUGGAACUCUAAGUUCUUGGCGAUGAUGUUAAAACAAUCUGGUGUAAAACUGAUCUGAAUUCACACAACUCUGAUAAAAUGGGGUCCUUGGGCGAUCAUGCCGUUAAAUACAGUAUAUUCAAUGGUACAUUUCAGGAAUUUAUAUUUAUAUCUACUCCCUUUGACUCCCUGUUGUCUGUGUUCUCAGUGUCAAUCAGCGAAGAGUCUGUGACGUGUCUGUUAAAUCAGGUCACAUUUUUACCUUUGUUACUGUCUGUGAUUUUUUUUUUUGUUCGUGUUUUUGACCAAAGCUUAGUGUAGCUUUUUUGAUUUAAGAUGCUAAUUAAUAAUUAAAUAAAUUGAUUACUAUUUUCAA